AUGGAGAGGAGGAAGAAACAGCAGGUACUGUGAAUAUGGUUGAAAGAUAUAAAUCAUCUGACGUUAUUGAAGGGAUGGUUGUGCCUAAGUUUAUUUCUCCUCUUCAGGGAAAGAAGACAGAAACUGCUGAAAAUUAUACUGGAUUCCAGGAAUCGGCAAAUUUUGAAAACUACCAAGACAUGCGAGCUAUUAAAAGUUCAUCAUUCUCGGAAAUUUCAUGUGCUUUCAAAGAAAGUGAUUCAGACGCGGAUUCUAUUGGAAGCGAUUGUAUGGUUAUCGAACUUACUUUGACUGAAAAUGAUCUUGAUUCGUCGGAAAUUUCUGAAACUUGUAACGAAUUUCUGCACGAAAGGUUAGACCAUGAAAACGAGUUUGGCCGUCUAAGAGCUAACAUUAUUGAGCUAGAAAAACUGAAUUCUACGACUACAAACGAAAUUCAUCGUGUUAAACAAAGUUCAUUUAAGGAAAGAACCGAGUUAGAAAACAAGUUAAGAUCUUUGGAAAAGUUGAAUAGUAUGAUGAAAGCAAAACUGACCGCAGUUGAAGCCGAAAGAGAUUCCUUAGAAGAACGCGGAAACCAAUCAGAUAUUAGGCAUUCAGAAGCCAAACAGGAACUCCAACGGGUCAAAAUCUUUACGUCAAAUGAACAGGAAACUUCAGAGAAUACCAUAAAAGGAUUAAAAGAUCAAGAGAACACUUCGAAGAAACGAAUGGUGAAAUUGGAAAUGGAAAAGGACGAAUUAAGGAUGAAAACAGAAGAACUGCAAGGACAACUUCAGGACUGCUUCCAAGAAGCAAAACGCGUGAAGGUUGAAUAUUAUAGCCAGGGUGAAAAUUUUAGAAAUGUUUUCAAAGAAUUCGAACAUGAAAUAGAAGUGCACAAGAAGGGAAAGGAAAGGUAUGACUUCAGAAUGUCAGAAUUGAAUCAAAAAGUUUGUGUGCUUGAAAAUGAAAUACGAAAAUCCAAAGACGAUAAUUUAGAACAUGAAGAAUCCAUUAAGAAAUUUGAGGGUGUAAUUUUGAAUUUGAAGAAACAGAAUACCGAUUUGAAAUGUGAGAAGGAGGAUGCAUUCGUGAAAAAUAGAGAGCUUCAACAUAGAAACGAGAUAUUAAUUAAACGUCAAGAACAAGACAUGGCCUCAAUUCUCAAAGAAAAGGAGGAUUUAGAAAAUAAAAGUAUUCAACUUCAGACAACAAUCACUACACUGGAAGAAACGUUAGGCCGUGAGAAGACGAGAAGUGAUGAUCUAACUUGCAAGUUUAGGAUAGAGAAUAAAGAAAGUGAAUCACUUCUCCUCGGCGAAAGAAAAGCGUUUGAAGAUACUACAAGACAGCUACAAGAGAAGAUAAUGAUUUUGAAAAAAGAAAUGAAAGAUUUAAAUUUUAGAAAAGAUAGUUCGGAGUCGAUGAUGAAAGAGCUGGAAGAAAAAAAUGAUUUGUUGGAUGAAGAAAGAGAAGAAGAUGAGCGACGCAUUAAAACGUUGUUGGAUGAAAGACAAAGUUUAGAAGAUACCGGUGAAGAGCUUCAGAUCAUGAUUGCAGAGCUUAAAGAAAGGUUUAUGGUUGAAAAUACGGGAAAAGAUAAUAAGAUAUCGCUAAUUCAGAACGAAAACCUUUUCCUAAAAGUUGAAAGUGAGAAGAUAGAGUCACAAGUUUUAAGUUGUGUUGAUGAAAUACAACGGAUCAAAUCGUUGUCCUUCAAUGAAAGACAAAAAUUGGAAACAGUUGUUACAAAUCUCCACGAAACUGUUUUAUCUAUGAAGAAGGUAAUUGGCGAGGAUAAGCAAGCGAUGGAACAUUUGAAUUUAAUGAGAAACGAUUUUGAAGAUAAAUGCAUUUACCUUCAGAAAGAAUUGGAACGUGUUAAAAUCUGUUCUUUUAAGGAGAGCGAACUGGAGAAUAAGAUUGAGAAACUAACUGAAGCACUGUUUUCGAUAGAAAUAAAAUUUGAAGACUUGAAAAAAGAAAAAGAUCACCUGUUGUUGAAGGAGAAAGAAUCUGAAGAAAUAAUUUGGAAGUUACAAGAAGAACUACAACGAAUCAAAGUAUAUGCUUUUGAAGAACGACAAAAUAUGGUGGCUAAAGUUGAAAACUAUAAUGUAUUGGUUAAAGAAAGUAAGACAAAUUUCGAAUAUCAAAUUUUACGUGAUAGACAGAUUUCUUCAUUAAAAUUGACAGUAAGCGAACUUGAUGAUCUGAGGAGAACUCUUGAGAAUGACAAAUACGUGCAGCAUGAAGAAAUAUGUGCUUUUAAGAUCAAUGUGGAAAAUCUUCGAAAUGAGAUUAAAAGGCUUGAAAAUAAUGUGAUUGAUUAUGAACAUCAAAUUUCAACCUUGGGAAGAAAUUUAAGCGAGCUUGACGAAGACAAGCGAUCUUUAGAAACCAAGGUACUGCAACGAGAUGAAGAAAUAUUAUCCGUGAAAAAAAUGGCGGAGGAGCUUCAAAAUGAAAAGAAACACCUCCAGCAGAAAAUUGUGGAGCAAGACGAACAAGUAUCGUUGCUUCAACUGAAUGUGUCCAGUCUUGAAGAGAAGACAGAAAAUGAUAUGUUACAAAGCUCGAAGGAAAAAUCUACUGCCAAAAUUUUAGUUGCAAACCUUGAAAAGCAAAAGAAAUUGCUCAAAGAUGACAUUGUAAAGUGCAACAGUGAAAUAACAUUGCUUAAAAGAAAAGUCUCUCAGUUUGAAGAAGAAAGAGAAUAUCUUGCGACAAGCACCGCUGAGAAAGAUCGAGAAUUGUCUGAGUUUAGAAUAACUGUGGGGAAAAUUGAAGAUGAAAAGAAUCAUCUCAAGGAAAGUAAUGCUAAACAAAACAACGAAAUAUCGUUGCUUGAGAAAAAAGUGUCUCAGUUACAAGAACAAAGAGAGAAUUUUACAAAUAGUACCAAUGUGAAAGCGAACGAAAUGUCUGAUCUUAGAACAAUUCUGGAGAAACUUGAAAAUGAAAGGAAUACUUUGAGAGAGGAUAAUAUUAAGCAAAGAAACGAAAUGUCAUUACUUGGAACAACAGUUGCCGAAAUUGAGAAAGAGAAGGAGUGUCUUGCAAAUGUUGUUGCUAAACAAGAUGACGAACUUUCUUCUUUUAAAAUAACUUUGGAAACACUUCGAGGAGAAAAGAAAGAUCUUCAAGAUGAUAUCAAAAACCGUGAUAUUGAAAUAUUAGCACUGAAAGAACGUGUUUCGAAACUUAUCGAAGAAAAGGAUUCUCAUAUGCAAAAUGCAGUAAAAAAGGAAGAGGAGCUGUCUAUGGUACGAUUCAAUACGACCGAACUUCAUGAAGGUAGGAAAAUUCUUGAAGAAAGUGUCUUGAAACGUGAUAGUGAAAUAGCGUUAUCUGAAUCAAAAAUUUCUCAACUUGAGAAAAAAAAAGAAUCUCUCUUUAAUGACAUUGCUGCGAGAGAUGAAGAACUGUCUGUUAUGAAAGUAGCUGUUGGAAAUCUUGAAGAAAGGAAAAACGUUCUCGAACAAGAUAUUUUAGAGCGUGAUAAUGAUAUAUCGUUGCAAGAAACAAGCAUUGGUAGACUCGAGAAAGAUAAGGAAUCUCUUGCUAAUGACAUUGCUAAAAAGGACGAAGAACUAAUUGCUAUGAAGCUAACUGUCGAAAACCUUCAAGUUGAAAAGAAAGCUUUAGAAGAACACAAUAUUAGUCAAGUCAAAGAAAUAUCUUUAAUUCAAACGACACUGGUUCAACUCCAAAGCAAAAAUGAUAAUGAUAUUGUUGUGCAAGAUGAAGAAAUGUGUGAUAUGAAGGUAACGGUGGAAAAUCUUCAAAAUGAAAAGAAAGCUAUAGAAGAACACAGUAUUAAUCGAGAGAACGACAUAUCUUUAUUUGAAACGUCACUGGUUGAACUGAAGAGCGAAAAGGAGUCGAUGGCCAAUGAGAUUGCUUUGCGAGAUGAAGAACUGUCUCUCAUAAAAAUAUCUGUUCAAAAACGUGAGGAAGUAAAUAAAUUUCUUGAAGAUGUUAUUGCGAAACGUGAUGGUCAUAUAUCCCAGCAAGAGGCAGGCAUUGCUAUACUUGAGAAAGAAAAAGAAAUUCUGGCGAAUAAUAUUGCUAAAAAAGAUGAAGAACUCUCUGUUAUGAAAGUAACAGUGGAGACACUUCAAAAUGAAAAAGAAGCAAUCGAAGAAAACAAUUUUAGACGAGGUAACGAAAUAUCUUUGCUUGAAACAACACGAAUCCAACUGGAGAAAAAAAAUGAAUCGCUCACAAAUGACAUCGGUAAGCGUAAUGAGGAAUUGUUUGCAUGUAAAGAAACAAUCGAAAAAUUCGAAGCACAGAAGAAAGAUUUUGAAAACGAUCUCAUGGGCCGUGACAAUGAAAUUAUAUUACUUAAAGAAUUAAACUUAUCUAAACUUCAAGAGGAAAAAGACUCUUUUGCAAAUGACAUAGAAAAACGUGAUAAUGAACUGUUAGCUUGUAAAGAAAUUAUUGAAAAAUUGGAAGCGCAGAAGAAAGAUUUUGAAAAUGACAUCAUGGAACAGAAUAGUGAAAUCUUCUUACUAAAAGAAAAAAUGUCUGAACUUGAAGAAGAAAAAGAAUCGUCUGCAAAUGAUAUCAUUAAUAAAGACGAAAAACUGUCGACUUUUGAUGUAACUGUGGAAAAACUGAAGAAUGAGAAGAAAGCUCUUGAAGAUGAUAUUAUGAAGCGUGGUAAUGAAAUAUCGUUACUUGAAUCGAGACUUGCACAACUUCAGAAGGAAAAGGAAUCUUUUAUGAACGACCUUUUAAAGAAUGAUAAAGAAUUGUCUGUUUUGAAGAUGAGUGUGGAAAAAUUGCAGCAUGAAAAGAAAGUGCUUGAAGAAGAUAUUAUGAAGCGUGAUGGUGUUAGCUCGAUGCAAGAAGCGAAUGUUGAUAGGCUUGAAAAAGAAAAGCAAACACUUUCAGAUGACUUAGUUGAAAAAAAUAAAGAAUUGUCUGGUAUUAGAAUAGGUUUGGAAAAACUUGAAACAGAAAGAAAAUCCCUGGAAGACUCUGUCGUAAAAAGUGAUGAUCAAAUUUUGAUCCUUAAUGAUAAGAUAUCUAAGCUUCAAGACGAAAAAGAAUCUCUCGCAAACAAUAUGGUUGACCAAGACACAGAACUAUCAACUUUGAAAAUCACUGUGGAACAACUUGAAAAUGAGAAGAAGGCUACUGAAGACAAUAUUUUAAAACGCGAUUCAGAAAUUUUAUCACUUCAAUCAAACGUGUUCAAUCUUCAAGAAGAAAAUGAAACCCUUACGGAUUCUAUCGCUGAAAAGAAUGAAAAAUUAUCUGCCUAUAUUGAAAAUAUUGAAAAACUCGACUAUGAAAAGAACUCUCUUCAAAGUCUGGUUAUGAAAGAAAGAGGAGAACUACUUUCGCUUAGAAAUGAUUUUAACGAAAUUACUGAAGUGAAAGCGUUCCUUGAAGUUGAUAUACAAAAACGAGACGAGGAAUUGUUAUUGAUAAAAGAAACUCUACACAAUCUUCAAGAUGAAUACAAAUUGUUGGAAAAUAAUAACGUUGAACACAACGAAAUAAUUUCUCAUUACACUAUGAAAAUCGAAAGUUACCGAGAAGAGAUUGGUCUUCUGAAAAACAAUUUGCAGAAAGUUACGACUGAAAAGGAAAAUGUUGAAAAUAAAAUGAAAGAAUUCAAUGAAAAGUCGAAAUGCGAUGAGGACGAUUUUGAUAAACUCAUUGCAGGCUAUCUGCAGGAAAUUGAUUCCUGGAAAAAGAGUUUUGGUGGCUUGGAGGAAGAGAUGAGUGUUCUUAGAAAUGAAAUCGAAAGGCUUCAAUAUGAAAAAAGAGAUUUAGAAAAUAUUUUUGAAGAAAUGAGCGAAUCCGAAAGAGUAAAUGAGGAAAAGUUCCAAGAAAAUAUUAAAAUCUAUCACGAAGACAUUGAUUCAUGGAAAGUGAAGGUACAAGACCUUGAAAGUGACGUGGAAGUUCUUAGAAAAACUGUGCAAGAGCUUGAACGUGAAAGCGAAAGUAAAAAAUUGGAAAUAAAUCGAACAAAUGAGGAGAAGGGGAAGAAUAGUAAACUAUAUCAAGACAUGGUGAUAAAAUUCCAAAAAGAAAGAGAAAAUUCUGAGAAACAAUGGGUAGUUGAAAAAGAAAAAGAGAUAGGAAAUCUUAGAUUUGAAUUGGAGACUAAGCUACAAAUGAUGGAAUCACAAUUUUCAACGAAGGAAAAGGAGUUACACGAUAGAAAUGUUAGCAUGGAACAACUUAAAGACGAUGUUAGUCAAUUGAAUGAUGUUGUUUCGAAAAAGGAUGAAGAAGUAUUGGAUCUUAAAAGUCAAGUUGUGGAGUUAGAGGAACGUACAUUCGAAGCAAACAAUAAAAUUCAUGGAAUACAACAACAAUAUGAUAGAAAGGAACAAGAGUUGAAACUUUCUGUUGAGGAAUUCCAAGAGAAAGCUAGGAAAUUAACGGAAAUUGUUUCGGAAAAAGAAGAAAGAGUUUUCACUCUUGAAAAUGAAAUUAAGGGAUUAUCACAACUUGACAAAGAACUAGAAGAAUCUAAAUUAAGGUUCAUUCAGGCACAGAAAAAAUAUGAAGAUGAACUCAGAAACUUACAAAACACACAAAAGUCAUUUGAAGCUAAAGAGCUAGCAGAAAAAAACGAACUAAAGUUAAUGGAAAAUGAGGUUAACCAUUUACGAAGUGAGUUAUCUGCCCUUCAGCAACAGAAUUUAGAAGAUACGAAUUCAGAAAAGACUGUGAAUAACAACACUGAGAAAAGUCGAGAACAUUUGCGAGUUCUUUUAGCAGACAUUGACGAGACAACGAAGAUCAAAGUUAGUUUGGAGGAAGAGCUUCGAUUGCUUCAGUCAAAACUCGAACAGCAUUCCGAGGAGAAGAUAAAACUGGAAAUGGAGGUAUUUUGUUUGAAAGAAAUAACGGAAGAGUUGACAAAAGGAAAGAUGACACUUCUUGAGGAGAUUGCAAGACUCAGUGACCAGAAGAAAGAAGGACAGGAACUCCUAAACUCCGAGUUUUCUCGCUUGAGAAUUUCAAAUAACGAACUUCAGAACAACAGAGAAAAAAUUGAAAAAGAAAACUCUGAACUUAUCGUUCAAAUAAGCUCGCUCAAAGUAACCCUUGCUACAGUUCAAAGCGCGUAUGAACAAACUCAGGAUGAAAUUAAGAAUCAUAGAAUGCGUUUGGAUGAGGCUGGAAGGCGGGAAAAGCAACAUAACCAGGAACAAGAAAAGUUGGAUGAGAAAUCCAAAAAAAUUGAAGUGGAAAUAAAGUACCUUGAAGAGAGAAAUCGAAGUGUAACGGUCGAGAACAAGGAACUGUCUUCGUCCCUCAAUGAAACAAGAAAACGCUUGGAAUCACUUGAGGAUGAGCUUCAAACAAUAAAAGGCGAGAAUGUUCUUUUAUUACAACGAUUAAAGCAACAAGAAAGUGGAGAUAAUGCUGAGGGUUUAGACAGUGGAAGGUCGUCGACGCAAGCCAGUGCCUUAAGAAAGAAACUUAAAGAGUUUCGUGGCAAGUUGAGCGAAGAGAAGAAACAGCGAGAGCUUCAUGAGUUUGAAAUUAAAAACCUGAACGAAAAAGUUGAAAGAAUCGUGAAGAAGGAAAAAGAAAAUGAAGUUCAGUUGGAAAGUAGUCGUAAGAAGUUUCUGGAGGUGAAGACGGAACGAGAUGGGUUGUUGAUGGAUCUUGAUAGUUUGAACAAGAGGAAGAAGAAGGAUGUGGAGGGAUAUACGAGCAGGAUUGAUACACUGGAGGAUGAAUUGAGGUGAGUCCGAUAUCCAAGGUUUGAUUCAAUGAUUUUAUGACUGAGACUAAGGUUUUAUUAGAGAGCUGGCCUUAUCUUGGACAUAACUGGUUGAGACUUUCCCUUUAUACAAAAUUCGCAUACUCCUUAUGAUGAAUUCCAUGUUAAAUUAUGUUUUGUUUCUUAAGCCCCCGCUCCCCCAAUUCAAUGUUGAGCUUGAGUCAUGAUAAAUUACCAAAAGUUGUUUCGGCGCUGUUCACAACAUUGAACUGGGGGAGAGAGGGUGACGAAGUUUGUUUUGUCAGUAUGCAUUAACUUUGCAAUAUUGGCUGGAAAGGUCUCAACGGUUAUGUCAAAGAUUGUAGCUUUUGUCUUAAACUCUUACGCUUCGCCUUAAAUAACAGUCGAAAAUUGCUUACUAGCCUUUUAAUGCAUAAAAUAUAAAAUAUAAAAUAAUGCAAAAUCAUGAUAGCUAGUUUUUGAAUCGGUCAACAUACUAUUUGUGAUUUUUGAUAUAUAAUUACUACUAGGCUAUUGAGAGAAAAGGAGUCGAAAAAGGCAGAUGGCAAACAAACAAAAGAAACAGUAAAUGUUUUAAAUGAAGAGAAAAAAAUACUCGAAUUGAGAUUAACAUCCAACCAAGAACGACAUCAGAGGGAGGUCACUGAACUCAAGAGAACAUUGGGCUCGUUACAAAACCGUUAUACCACGGAAUUGAAGCGAUUUGAAACGACUGAAACAGCCAAUAAGAACGAGAUUCUCAAGCUUAGAAAAUCGUUGACUUCUAUCGAGAGAGAACACGAAAGCCAAAGAAGAGAGCUUGAACAAUUACGAGCGAAUUUGGUUGCGAGCAAUGGGGAAAAAGAGAAAAUUGAAAACGUUUUAACUGAGAAAAAUUCUGAAGUGAAUAAGUGGAAGAAAGAGGCCUUGAAUGAUAAAGCUGAAAUCAGGUUUCUGCGAGGAUCUUUGAAUAUUUUGGAGAAGGAAGGUUUGACAAGCAAGCCUACGGAAACUCCGGACCGUGUUACGAAUUAA